CGAUUUUUUUAUACCUACAUAUAAAACAAUUGCAAAAUUUGCCGCCCCCUGUAUUUGCCGCCAUGGGCCGCCCCCUUAAUCCGGCCCUGCUAAUCUUCAGAUUCCAAUAUCAAACCAAGAUGGCUAACGAUGCUUAUGAAUGCACUAUCUUCCGCAUAAACGCAUGAAUUAAUGCCAAAAAUAAGUCGAAUACAUGAUUUAAGAACGACUGUUCGUAACAAUUUUAAUAAUAAAUCACUCUGGAUAGUAUGAAUUCAUAGUUUGGCUGCCUUUUGGGCCCUCAAAGCUUCAUGACCUUUCCUCAAAACUACCGACACGUCCAUUUCUCUCUAUUUUUCUCUCUAUAUAGAUACUCUGACACAAUAUUCUAGGAAAGCUUUCAUUAUUUUUUAAAUUUGGCACCUCUGCCAUUCAAAAUUUGCCGCCGAACGGGCCGGACCGCGCGGUCUCAGCUGACGGCCAAAAUUCGCUCGCCACCGAGCCAUCAUUAAAAUUUUCAGUAAAAUAUAACAUAGCAGAAUCAAAAUCAUUCACUCCACGGAACCCGGGCUCGAGCAUGUCAAAAUUCGGCUCCACCAUCGGGGCCUUUCUAAUGCCAUCGGUGAUCGAGCGAGGCCUCCAGUGAAAGUGAGGUUAUAUUCUCCCCUCGUCGCGUAUCAUAACCCGUAAUCUCCGAGAACUUAACCCGUAAUCUCCGGGAGCCCCGCUCGUAAUUUCCACGUCUCGUUUCGAUAAUUCGUGGUGAGCGACGAUGUCCAGCGCAGAGGUGGAUUACGGCGCCGGACUCGACGUCCAGAUUUCCGAGGUGCCAGCGCCCGAUUCACCAGGAGAAAGAGGGGAGACCCAUUACGACCCAACUAUCCCGAUGAUAAGGAUCUCAGCCCCCCGAGAUUCCAUCACAGAGGACAACGUCUCCUUCUUCAAACUGAGCGGCGUGGACUUCGUGUCCGAGGGCGGCUCCGCGACCGGCCGAACCGGUUGGGGCGCCCGGAAACCCGCCUCGGCGGACCUACCACUCCUGGCUGAGGGACCGGACAAACCGGCGACCGGACCGGAGGAACCGGGCGAGCACCCCGAAAACGAGACCGGGGACGGUUUGCAGCGAGGACCCCCUACCGCCGAGAAGAUGGAGGUCAACGAAAUUGACACGGGUAGGCCCAUUGUGCGUAAGCAUUUCAGAAAUUUUAAGAUCAAUGAGAAGAUUUUGGGACGGAUUUCCAGCGAUCGAUCAAGUCGUCUCGCAAAGGAAGACGUCAACGAGGAUCGAUGCCCUGUGUCUCCACCCCAGCCAACGAACCAUCUCCUGUUUAACGGCGAAGGUGCUGGGCGCUUUUUCCGGUUGACUUUCACCCGGGAUGAGAGCAACGACGUCCUCCGUGACGUCUUCACCCCGAACCGGUUUCGGCACGUCAACACCUACGCCCCCACCACCACGAACGUCACCUCCAUCCACGAAGAUACCGACGUGGAUAUGCCUCCCGUCCCUGCUAUUCUCAGGAACAUCCCCGCGGAGGAAUAUAGCACCAUCAGGAUACCCGAGGACAUACCAGGCAACCUGAAAACCCUCAAAACCUCGUCAAACCUGACGCUGGAAAUGUCUGUUCCGGGGGUAUCCGACGCCUGCGAGACGUCGGAUACCUCCUGCAACACGCUGGACACGGACAUCCAGGUGGAGGACGAGAUCAAGACGGUGGAGCCGCUGUCAUCGGCGAGCUCAGCAUACAACGAGGUGACGUCAUCGGUGCAAGGAGUGACGUCAGCCCGGGGAAUGGAUCUCGAGCCGGCGGCGAUCAUCGUUAUUGAGGGGAUGACGUCAGCAGGCCACAGCGGUAGUUUGGUCAUUGACGAGCAGAUGCCCUCGGAGGUCUCUUUGGGCGCCCAAGUGACCGGGAAUCAGAAGGAGGAAGUGUGUAAUUCGGAAUUUGAUGAACGAAAAUUUUCACGGAAGCUUGGUUCAAGAGUCAACGAAACCUGGAAAAAUGGACGAAGCGCAGCAGGAAAAGACAGUACUCUAAGUUCUUGCACGGACGACGAAUCCCUCACCCUCGAUACCAGUCGAAAAAAUUCCUUCGUGUCCAUCGACCUGGACUUGGAAUCCUUCUUGAGGGACAGCGAAAAUGUGUGCAGCCCUGCGGGAGAGACUCGGAUCGGCCUAAAGGGACUCCUUGAAUCCAAAAAGGACCCAUCACGACUCCUCAAGAUGAAACGAAAAAUCAGGAAUAUUUGCGAGAGGGUCAAACAUAACGUGAUCAGGAAGAGAUAGGAGAAGAUGAUGUCUAUAAUUUUUCGCUUGUUCGUUAAAUUUAGAUUUUCAAUGUUGACUGGACUUUGGGGACUCGUAUGGGUACUUAAAGGUUCUUGCGUAGUUUUUAGCUUAAACAUUCAUUUGAAUACUGUAUAAAAACAGAAAAUUAUAUUAUUUUUUUAUUAUAUAUCCAAACGAA